CCGACUUUUGAUCCAAGAUGGCGCCAACACGAGGUGCCCACUGAAAAGGAGGAGUGUGCAUAGCUGAUCUGUCGGUUACCCCUUUUUAUGCAGGUGCAGUCUGUACGUAAUUCUGAGCUAUUGUACAUCACACUAUGUCCUAGUUGUGACGACAGGAUUAAUGAAUCAAUUAUAUUUGACCAAGCAAAUGUGUACAUUCUUCUGUGUCGCUCUUGUGUUCUCCGAGAUGGAAUUGUUUACCGCAUCACGUUAGCGAAUUGAAUAGAUAUGAAGUUACACAGGACUCUCUGUAGCGCACUGUAAUGGAAUAAAAAUGCAGAAAAAUCGAAAUGGCAGAGAGUAAUCGCAAAAUACGCGAUAAAUGAAUGCGCACUUAUACUUCAAGACAAAAUGCCGAAAUGUUGUAUUAAUCCAUCAUUAAAAUUCUGGGAAACCAUUUUGUAUACCCCCCCGUCCCUCUUAAGUAGUAUUACUUUGUUUUUGUUGAAUAAAAAUGCGGUACCAGGCAUGGAAUUCCUUCAUCAUUCAUCCAUCACCAUAUUUUACAAAGGAACUAAGAACCUUGUGUUGAAUAAUCUACGGACGCUGUGCGAUUUGUGUGCUGGAUGACUGCUGGUACGCCCCUCAAUGUGUUGACUGCGUUAAAAGCAAUGACAAUCACCGCACCUCCGUUAGAAGGUGCCGUCAUGCGGUCGAAGGUGUUAUGCGGGGUUUUAGGUCUAGUGUUAUGGAGUCUUUUAUUCAUUUUCUACUACCUCAGUUACUUUGGUGGACAGAAGACACAUCUAAAGAUGCGUUAUACAUCGGUGAAAGCAUACACGCACGAAGACAAGAGUGAAUUUGCGGAGAAGACAGGCGAGAUUUUGAAACUUGGCCUUAUUCGUAACUCUCGAGAACAACGUGCCAAACAACAAGGUUAUCAAAGACACGCGUUUAACACCUUAGUCUCCGAACGCAUUGGUGUGAGGCGAAGGCUACCUGAUACGAGACAUUCACUCUGUAAAUUGGAAAGGUAUCCUCGUAAUCUUCCUCGAGCAACAGUGAUUAUCUGUUUCUUCAAUGAAGCAUGGUCCACUCUUAUACGAACAGUGAAUUCGGUUUUGGAUCGGUCUCCGCCAUCUCUCCUUCAUGAAGUGAUACUUGUUGACGAUCUUUCGGACAUCGAUGAACUAGAGCCUCUUGCUAGAUUCAUCCAAAGGCAUGAAAAGGUUCGACUGAUUCGCACUCGAGAGCGUGAAGGUCUGAUACGAGCCCGUAUGGUAGGUGCUCAUAAUUCUACAGGAGAAGUACUCGUUUUUCUUGAUAGUCACGUUGAAGUGAACGAGCGCUGGCUGCAGCCCCUUUUAGCUCCCAUUCAGUCCAAUCCAUUAACAGUUACCUGUCCGGUAAUUGAUAUCAUCAAUGCCGAUACAUUCGAGUACACUCCCUCGCCACUCGUUAAGGGAGGUUUUAAUUGGGGUAUGCACUUUAGAUGGGAUAAUUUACCAAAAGGCUACUUUAAAACCGAUCGCGACCGGAUCGCGCCGUUACCUUCACCAACGAUGGCGGGCGGUUUAUUUGCUAUUCAUCGAAACGAGUUUCGUCGAUUGGGCGAAUAUGACUGGGGUAUGGACAUUUGGGGCGGCGAAAAUCUCGAGCUUUCGUUUAGAAUCUGGAUGUGCGGAGGUAACUUGAAGAUAAUACCCUGUUCAAGAGUGGGGCAUGUAUUUCGAAAAAGGCGGCCGUAUAACGCUCCUAACGGAGAGGAUACUCUAGCAAAGAACUCUCUUCGGGUGGCCAACGUAUGGAUGGAUGAGUACAAGAAGUAUUAUUACCAAGUAAGACCAGACCUUAAGGAUAAGGACUAUGGGGACAUAUCGGCAAGAAUCGAACUGCGGAAGAAACUUCGGUGUAAGUCCUUCGACUGGUACCUCCAUAACGUUUAUCCGGAUCUGCAGCCGCCUACUAACCGUACUGGACUUCGAAAUCUUGCAUUAUAUAAACGAAAACAACCAGUUAUGACCGGACGUUUCCAGAUUCGUGUUGACUCACUUUGUGUCCAAUCAGAAGACAGCGUUUUAACUCGUGGAAGCUUUCUCUUCCUUCAAAAAUGCGACUUUCGAAAUAAACGUCAAUCUUGGUUUGAGACAGAGAAACGAGAUUUACGGUUGGGAAAUAUCCUCUGCCUUGAUGGUGGUGGGAAGGGGGUACCAAGAUUAAAAAAAUGCCACGAAAUGGGCGGUUCCCAAGACUGGAGAUAUUCUGCAAAGUACGGAGCACCUCUUUAUAACAUGGCGAGUGGUAUGUGCCUCGGCUCUGCUAAAGUUGCUGAAGGUCAACGGGUGACUUUGGAAAUAUGCAGCUCAGAUCGAGCUCUUAAAUGGGACUUCGUUGCACAAAAAAAAUAUAGAUUGGCCCUACUUUAGGCCUAGAUUUAGGAUCAACUUAACCUAUUGGAACAUAUCGUACUUCCAAAUUAAAUUUCCUCUAUAGUUAAAUCAUAUCAGUUUAAUAAGUUGCAUUACUUGCACUAUUCGGACUCUUCUUUAUAUACUAUUAGGUUCUUAGAAACAUCUCAAAUGUCUUUCGAAACUUUGAAAUUUCUUGUGCACUAAUGGUUUUAGCAAAAAAAAGCCACUAAUCUUCUCCACAAGCUUGUGGAGAUCAUUGUUUUGUUUGUAUCUUUUUUAGCUCCACUUCGGUCUUCAUAGAUGAACACUUCCAUGACAAAAAACGGCAUUCCAAUUUUUCCUUCGGUAUGCUUUUAUUUUAUAAACUGCCUUGAUUCGCCCUUCGCCGAGAUUAAACCAUACGCAAUUUAGCAUCUUUGGGCCGCGUGCCACAAGACUGAUAGAACAAAAAGUUACUAAACAACACAUUUUACAAUAAGCAACAACGGCAACUUUUUUAGCAACCUAAUAGUAAAGCACUUUUCUGUGUUAAUUGGACACAGUAUUGUUUGGCUCGAUUUGAAACUGCAUCGUUGAAAAUCUCAUUCUGAUCCACCCAAUCAUUCUAUGAACAUAUACAACUUGUGCAAUUUUGAAUUUUGAAGAGAGAGACAAAUCCUCGUUUUUAAUAAUCCUUAUAAUUUCAGCAUCAAAUGUUUCAGCUACUCACAUCACAAGUAAUUCACUAUCUCACCUAAUUUCUUUCUCACUUCUGUAUCACAUUUAGUAUUGUUCUGUAUUGUCUACUCAAAAAUUAUAUUUAGCAUAAAUAAUAAAUAAAAAUGGGGUAGUGUCUUUGCA